AUGGGUAAGAAGAGGAAAGACAGCGACAGCGACAGCGACGAAAAGAAAAAGAAGAAGAAAAAGGACAAGAAGAAGAAGGAGAAGAAAAAGAAAGACAAAAAGAAAAAGAAGGCAAAGAAGGAGUCAAGCAGCAGCGACAGCAGCAGCGAGGAUGACGACAAGACUCAGGCCAAGGAUGGGCAAGUGGGAAUGCCCGAGAAGCUCGCGGAGUCGAAGGUGCCCGAGUUCGAGCCGCCUCCUGUGGAUCUUGGCGCACUCCCCCCGCUGGAGGAAGGCAUCUUGCGCUUUGAGUUCACAGUGGAGGAGCAGGCCCUAUCACGAACCUGCUUAGAGCCAUUGCUGGCGACCUGGCGCUUGGGGAGGGGCCGCUGGGUGUCCGAUUCUCUGGCGGAUCCCCUCCGAUGA